AUGUCCUGCAGUGCAGAUAUCUUGGGGAAGGUUGAGAGAAUGAUUGACAAGGAUGAGAAGAAAAUUACCCGUGUUCUGUUUUGUGGGCCACAUUUUCCUGCUUCUCAUACCUACACAAGAGAAUAUUUGAAGGAGUUCCCCUUUGUCCAGGUAGAUGAUGUUCCCCUUGAUGACGUGCCUGGUGUUAUCCAAAAUUAUAAUAUCUGUAUAGUGAAAACCAUGAAGUUCGAUUCAAAUCUUCUCUCUCGUGCAGAAAAGAUGAAGCUUAUAAUGCAGUAUGGUGUUGGCCUGGAAGGGGUUGACAUUGAUUCUGCAACUAAGUUUGGAAUCAAAGUUGCUAGGAUUCCAAGUCAUGUAACUGGAAAUGCAGCCUCAUGUGCAGAAAUGGCCAUUUAUCUGAUGCUGGGCCUUUUACGAAAGCAAAAUGAGAUGCAAAUUGCUAUAAAGCAGAGAAAGCUUGGAGACCCAAUUGGUGACACACUACUUGGAAAAACAGUCUUCAUUUUAGGAUUUGGAAAUAUUGGAAUUGACCUGGCAAAGCGCUUGAGACCAUUUGGUGUGAAAAUUAUUGCCACGAAACGGAGUUGGGCCACACAUUCACUAGUUUCUUGCCUAUCAAAUGUUCAAAAUGGUCCCGUCAAUGAUUUGGUUGAUGAGAAGGGCGGCCAUGAAGAUAUCCACAAGUUUGCAAGCAAAGCGGACAUUGUUGUUUGUUGCUUGUGUUUAAACAGUGACACUGUUGGCGUCGUAAACAAGCCAUUUAUAUCUUUGAUGAGAAAGGGUUCCCUUUUAGUAAAUAUUGCCCGAGGGGGUCUCCUGGACUAUGAGGCUGUUUCGUAUUACUUAGAGUCUGGCCACUUAGGUGGUUUAGGGAUUGAUGUUGCUUGGACGGAGCCAUUUGAUCCUGAUGAUCCAAUUUUGAAGUUCAGCAAUGUUCUCGUCACGCCUCAUGUGGCAGGAGUUACAGAUUAUUCUCACAGAUCCAUGUCCAAGGUUGUUGGUGAUGUCGCCAUUCAACUCCAUGAAGGGAGGCCUUUGACUGGAAUUGAGGUUGUCAACUGA